CUUAUCCGUAGCACUAGUGUUUCUGCGUGAGAGAAGCCGACUGUUGUUUACAGCAGAGAUUCCACGGAGCAGCGGAGACCCGCAGCCUACGCUAACCGAGGGCGAACCGUAGGAUUUCAGCCUCUGGAUAUACAUGCAACGGGAAUCUUUCUUUUCUCCCUUUUAUGAGGAUCAAGGCAAAACACGAAACCCUCGCAAAAGGGCAACUCCUUGUGGACACAUUCUCCCUCCCACCCUAGCCGAGGUCGUCUAGCUGGAGACCCAUUCUCUUGCGUGGCACAAGUCUGGUAUUUUCUUUCCGCUGCAAAUCCCGACUGACGACAGAGAUAAGUCUGGUUUUAAAAAGCGAUUUCUCACAGCGGGCCAGGACUGCUUGGUGGCGAUCGAGAGCCUGUGCGGGUUGAAUGGCAUAAACAAAAAGAGGGUUUUCAUUCAUUUUCAACCUCGCAGCCACCACCCCUGUGGAUCUGGACGUGUUUUCUGGCCCACUCCUCCCCUCGAACACAGUCAUUCACACGGGGGUUCUUGUGAGCAACACUGGCGUUAAUUUAUUAUGAUGGUGAAGGCUUCUAAUAACAUUUAGUCUGUUUUUUUUUAAUUGUUAUUAGCAGGCCUGAUCGCACUGUAGGUCUACGCGCACUGCUGUUUUCAAGAGAUGGAGACUGAAGAUGGGGAUUACCAUCAUUUAUCCAGUCAAAUCACUGGCUUGUGUGCCAUACCAACCGACGUCAACGUAUCCUGUGAUUGGCAAAAAUAGCAGACUGUUUUUUUUUCUUCAAAGGAAUUCCCUGUUAUAACGAUUUGUACACAUUUAUAUAUUAUAUAUAUAUAUUUUUUUUUUUCUUAGAGCAAAUCCUGGAAGCCACGCAUUUUCAGGCUACAGAGUAGCGUUUUUUGGGCUCCAGACACAUUCAGUCACCCCUCCCCUCUUUUCAUAUUCUUCUAUGAGGAGCUGGUGUGUGUGCAGCCUUCAUCGUUUUAUUUCAAUUUUAUCCCUGCCUUAAGGGUGUUGAAAGGUGAAUAAUGUCAAGGAACAUGAGGACUGGCACACUCAUGGGCAGCCCGACCUUGUUUUGGGGUCUGAUGCUGUUUGUCUCCACUAUCUGCAUCUGGUCCACACAUGGAGAAAUCUGUGGUCCAAGUAUCGACAUCCGGAAUGAGAUCGGCGAGUUCAAGCGGCUGGAAAACUGUACGGUGGUGGAGGGCUACCUGCGGAUCCUCCUCAUUAACGACAAGACCAACAACAUCCACCAGGAGGCCUUCCGCUCCCUCAGCUUCCCAAAGCUGACCGUCAUCACCGACUACCUGCUGCUGUUUCGCGUCUCGGGCCUGGACAGCCUCAGCACGCUCUUCCCUAACCUGAGUGUCAUCCGGGGACGCAAUCUCUUCUACAACUACGCCCUUGUGAUCUACGAGAUGACCAGCCUGAAGGACAUCGGACUGUACAACCUGAGGAACAUCACCCGCGGAGCCGUGCGGUUUGAAAAGAACCCUGAGCUCUGCUACCUGGACUCGGUAGACUGGUCUCUUAUUACGGAUGCUGGAACCAACAACAUUAUCAAUGGGAAUAAGAAGCCAAAGGAGUGUGACAAUGUCUGCCCUGGAAUCAUGGAGGAUAACCCUCUUUGUCAGCGGACAAAGUUAAAAGACAAGUACAACUACCGCUGUUGGACCUCCAACCAGUGCCAGAAAGUAUGCCCAGAACACUGCAAGUUAUCCUGUACAGACAAGGGAGAGUGUUGCCACAGCCAGUGCCUGGGAACCUGCACUGAACCCAACAAAGACAUGGCCUGCUCCGGCUGCCUCCACUACUACCACGAGGGUCACUGUGUGCCAGACUGUCCCCCAGACACUUUCAAGUUUGAGGGCUGGCGCUGCAUAACCAUGGACCUGUGCUCCCAAGUGCACCUGCCUGGGGACACUCACUUUGUCAUCCACGGGGGAGAAUGUAUGCCCGACUGCCCCUCUGGUUUCACACGCAACGAGACUAAUCGUAUGUUAUGCAAUGCCUGCAAUGGCCCGUGUGAUAAACCCUGCACAUCACCUGUCAUUGACUCUGUUGAUGCUGCCCAGUCCCUGAAGGACUGCACUGUCAUCGAAGGCAACCUGGACAUCAACAUCCGCCGUGGAAAUAACAUAGCGUCUGAGCUGGAGAGCUUCAUGGGAUUGAUUCAGAAAGUGACGGGCUAUGUAAAGAUUCGACACUCCCACGCACUUGGCUCGCUGUCCUUCCUCAAAAGCCUGCGUUACAUCAAUGGGCAGGAACUCAUCGACAACAUGUAUUCGUUCUCUGCCAUCAACAACCAGCACCUCCAGUACCUUUGGGACUGGAGUCAUCACAACCUGACAAUUGGGAAUGGACGUCUCUUCUUUCGUCUUAACCCCAAACUCUGCAUGUCUGAGAUCCACAAGAUGUGGGAGAAGACAGGCAUUGCUAUGAAGCCAGAGGAGGGAGAUUUCCGUAACAAUGGUGAAAGAGCCAGCUGUGAAAGCCAUAUCUUGAAGUUCAGGUCUAACAUUACAUCAAGUCAUAUGAUCAGGCUGACAUGGGAGCGCUACCGGCCGCCGGACUACAGAGACCUUAUCAGCUUCAUAGUCUACUACAAGGAGUCCCCUUUCCAGAACAUCACAGAGUUUGACGGGCAGGAUGGCUGUGGCUCAAACAGCUGGCACAUGGUGGAUGUGGAUUUCCCCCAGGAUAAAAACAAUGACCCAAAUGUCAGUCUUCAACAGCUCAAGCCCUGGACCCAGUACGCUAUUUUUGUGAAGGCCAUUACCCUGCAGGUAGAGGGCAAACACAUUACCGGAGCAAAGAGUGAUAUAAUCUACAUACGCACACGCCCAUCGCUGCCGUCUAUGCCUAAAGAUGCCCGUGCAUAUGCCAACUCUUCAACCAGCCUCAUGGUGAAGUGGUCACCUCCAGCCUUUCCCAACGGCAAUCUGACCUACUACCUGGUCCGCUGGCAGCAGCAGCCUGAGGACAGGGAGCUCUACCAACAUAACUACUGCUCCAAAGAGCUGAAGAUCCCAAUCCGUAUCCCAGCCACAGGGUUCAUGGACAUGGAAGAGAACACCAAGCCCACCAAGUCAGACCUGGCAGGCGCAGAGAAGGGCCCAUGCUGUAUUUGCCAGAAGACACCUGAGGAGAAAGACCGGGAGAAGGAUGACCGUGUCUUUUUUAAAAAGUUCGAGAACUUCCUUCACAAUGCCAUUUUUCUGCCAAGACCUCCAGAUCGUCGACGUAGAGAUGUUUUUGGUGUGGCUAACAACACAUUGCUGCAUGAGGGUGUUGGUAAGGGAAACACCACCCUUGGCCCGGGGGAUAACAGUACAGAUGGCAUUCCUCCUAUCAAGGAGUACCCCUUCUCCGAUGACAAGACCACAGCAGAAAAUUUAGAGAUUCCGAACCUGCGUCCCUUCACUGUCUACCGCAUUGACAUCCAUGCAUGCAACGAGGAGGUAGGGCGCUGUAGCGCUGGGGCCUUCGUCUUCUCCAGGACCAAACCUGCAGUCAAAGCAGAUGACAUCCCUGGAAAGGUGAUCUAUGAGAGGAGUGAGAAGGUUGAAGGUUGUGUGGUGCUGCAUUGGCCUGAACCCGCCAUGCCAAACGGACUCAUCCUGAUGUAUGAGAUCAAGUUCGGUCUGGGGACUGAGCCUGAGAAACAUGAGUGUGUGUCGCGGCAGCAGUACCGGGAGAACAGAGGAGCUCGGCUGACCAACCUGGGCUCAGGGAACUACUCUGCUCGCGUGCGUGCCACUUCACUAGCGGGGAACGGUUCCUGGACGGAGAGCGUGUCCUUCUAUGUGCCUCCACCCAUACGAGGCGAUGGUGUUACAUUCUACUUGGUCAUCAUAAUUCCCAUCAUUGUGACCCUUUCCAUUGCCAGCCUCACCACGAUUCUCUACUUUGUGAACAAAAAGAGGAACAGCGACCGAUUGGGGAAUGGCGUCCUUUACGCGUCCGUCAACCCCGAGUAUUUCAGUGCUGCUGAGAUGUAUGUCCCAGAUGAGUGGGAGGUGGCCAGGGAGAAGAUCACAAUGCACAAGGAGCUAGGCCAGGGCUCCUUUGGUAUGGUGUACGAAGGCAUUGCCAAGGGAGUGGUGAAGGAUGAACCCGAGACACGAGUGGCAAUCAAGACGGUUAAUGAGUCGGCCAGCAUGAGGGAGCGCAUAGAGUUCUUGAACGAAGCCUCUGUCAUGAAGGAGUUUAACUGUCAUCAUGUGGUGCGGCUGCUGGGCGUGGUCUCGCAGGGACAGCCUACCUUGGUGAUUAUGGAACUGAUGACCCGCGGAGAUCUCAAGAGCUACCUGCGCUCUCUGCGCAAAGAAAACAGCAACAGCCAGGUCCUACCCCCGCUCAAAAAGAUGAUCCAGAUGGCAGGGGAAAUUGCCGACGGCAUGUCGUACCUAAAUGCCAACAAAUUUGUCCACAGAGAUCUGGCUGCCAGGAACUGCAUGGUAGCAGAGGACUUCACUGUGAAGAUUGGAGAUUUUGGCAUGACCAGAGAUAUAUAUGAGACGGAUUACUACAGAAAAGGAGGAAAGGGCCUGCUGCCUGUCCGCUGGAUGUCUCCAGAGUCGCUGAAAGAUGGCGUAUUCACUACAACGUCUGAUGUCUGGUCAUUUGGUGUUGUGCUGUGGGAGAUCGCCACCUUAGCAGAGCAGCCUUACCAGGGCAUGUCCAAUGAACAAGUGCUGCGUUUUGUCAUGGAAGGAGGACUCUUGGACAAACCUGACAACUGCCCGGAUAUGCUGUUUGAGCUGAUGAGGAUGUGCUGGCAGUAUAAUCCCAAGAUGCGUCCAUCCUUCCUGGAGAUCAUCAGCAGCAUCAAAGAAGAACUGGAUCCUCCCUUCAGGGAAGUGAGCUUCUUCUUCAGCGAGGAGAACAAGCCGCCGGACACCGAGGAGCUGGACAUGGAGGUAGAAAACAUGGAGAACAUUCCACUGGACCCUGCAUCCACCAGGCAGCCCUCUGCUACUGUCGCUGCCCCCUUAUUAGGGUGUACAGGAGGCACGCCGCCUCCUUCUACCCAGCAGUUAUCCCCCAUGCAAGGCCCGAGUACUCCGUUACUGGGACAUGUGUCUCCCUCAUCCCCGGGCCCAGUUGCCUCAGCGUCUCCAGGCCAAGCCUUGGACAAGCACUCAGGACAUGUUUCAGCCAACGGGCCUGUGGUGGUACUCCGGCCCAACUUUGACGAGAUACAACCCUAUGCACACAUGAACGGGGGCAGAAAGAACGAACGGGCGUUGCCACUGCCCCAGUCGUCGGCCUGCUGAUAUCAGACCAGCCCCUCUUCCUCCUCUUACAGGGUAACACAAACCUUUCCACCAUCUCUUAAGGAGGGAUGGAUGAGGUAAGAAAUGACUUUCUUCUACUGUGUACCAGUAGAUUGUUUCUCCACUCCUUAAAGGUCAAACAAAGUCCAAAAACUGA